UUUCCAUUUCACCGUUCCAUUUCGUUUCGCCCCAUCCCUUUAGCCCAUUCAAUCCGUUCGACGUUCACAUUUCGUAAUCCCUUCGGCGAUAAGAUUCCGGCGACCUCGUAAGUUCGACUGCACAUCAAGUUCGACGGACUUCACAUUUUGGGUUCUUCAUCUUGUUUUGUCGGGUUCUUCAUCUUGUUUAGUCCAAGACAUGAUGGUGCAAAGCUCUUCUCUUAUAAAACAAACUAAUAGGAGAAGAAAAAAAAAGUAGGUGCGUGACUUCAAAGUUCAAAGUUGGUGUGCGAAGCAAUUUGGUUCAUUCGGUUGACCACAGUCAGUUCUUUCCCCCAUGGAAAACUCGGGUACCCGCUUUCCGGUUUCCCACAAACAGGCCUCAAUGGAAAUUAAGGGAAUCAAAACGGAUAUAGUCAUUUGUCGCCAUGAUGAUCAUUUUCUCGUUAUUGCAACUCAAAUUGGAGCAAUGGGGACUAUGUUACAAGCCAGGAAGGAGGAGGGGAUGACAAUUCAUCCAACCUUCUCAGUGUCAACUGUUUUUGGCAAAAGAGAUGAGCCGAUGCUGGUUGCAUGUGCACGUCAGUUGAUUGAACAAAUCAGUGUAUCAGGUUCAUACAGACCAUUACUAAUCUCCCUUGGCCUCAAAGAUCAUUCUGUGGAGACGAUGAAAGGCAUUGUUACUGCUGUGACUGACAAUAGACUUUGGUAAUAUUUGACUUUUGCUGCUUAAACCCUAAUUUUUUCACAUAUUUAUCUUCCUAAUUUUGUAACAUAUCUUUUGGUGGGUAGGUGAUUUUGAAGAUUUUGUUGGCAAAUUAUAGAUAUUUUUUUGUGUUUGGAGACUUUUUCACGAUUAAUAUGAUAGACAAGAACGAUACUUCAAUGGUAGAA